CUGAAAGCCAAUCAGGUUCGAGUUCCGCUGUCAUCCAUUGAUUGUAGGAGAGGACAUAUCGAUCUAAGGCGAGCACGUCGUGGAUUGAAGGCCGAGGAUCCAUUACCAGAUGGGGGAAUAAUCACUGAUUCUCCGGAGCAAUUGUCAAUUUCUGAGAAAAAGAUAGUUGUUUCGGCAUCAGAUAUAUCCGAUAACAGUUCAAAUUUUGAUGAUAUUUUCGAGGAAAAGAGUUCCGCUCCUCUCACAAAAGAAAUUUCACCACUUAAUGAGAAUCAACCCGAUAAGGAGAAAGCUAUUACUCCUGAUCCUAUAAUCAGAAUAGAUCAUAGUUCAACCCAGGUCCAAAAAACUGAAUUAUCUACAACCUCUUUGUCACAAAAUAUUAUCGACGAUACGGACGAGGCCCUUGAUUUUGCAGAAAUGAAACAUAAAGAACAUGUUAGUAAAGCGAUAAUGGAGAGAAUUAGAGAAAAAAAACUUCGGGAUCAAAAUUCAUCUUUGGGUAGUACUUCAUCGAAACCAUCCUAUGAAAAUCAAAAUCUGGAAUCAUCUAUAAUAUCACAAUCUAUCUCUAAUAUUUCUGAGUUAUCUUCGGAUAAUAAUUUACCAUGUGAUUCUGAGUCUAAAUCACCCACUAAUGUAUCAUCUAAUCAGAGGCGCGAAGCACUUUGCUUCGUAAAAAUUCCUUAUAAUCAAAAAGUAGAACAAGGUUUAAGAAUCGAGUUAUCUAGUUGCACCAAAGAUAAUAAUCACAAGAUUAGUAAAGUAUCUGAUGUUCAAAUUCCUGAAUUCUCUUUAGAAGCGAUUUUAUCAGGAUCUAAUAGCAAGUUGAUUGAUACGAAUUGCCAGGCACAGAGUGCCAUUUCUUCCGAAAUAAAAGCGAUCGGCAUGACAAAUUGUCACGCACAUAUGUCUACCUCUCGCAAUUCUUUAGAUAGUUCCAAAGAAAUCGGUUCAAAGAAUUUAUCUACGUCAUCUCGUCAACCAAUUCCUAGACCAAUCCAAAUAUGA